AUGCCUCAUCGCACUCGUUCAAGAGAGCACCACAACCUAUAUUCUCAGACUUCCCAGUCUGUGCCGUCUCUGCACCAGAAGCCGGACAUUCAGGCAGGUCGGGGACUGAAAGCGACUCCAUGGCAGCCUAUGGCGGACACUUAUGCUUGGGUUGUCGAACAAGAGUUCGUCAAGCUAGAAGUACAUGGGAGAAACACCGAGGAAUGGAUCCGGGAGCAGCAAAAGAGGUUUCCUGAUGGCCCAGCACGUCAGGAGAUUGGGGAAAGAGUCCGGAGGCGAAUGUGGGAAGAUAUGAUGUAUAGAUAUGAAGUUGAAGCGGAAAGAUGGAUGCGACACGAGGAGGAAAUGAGACGGGCAGCAGCCGAAAGGGAGAGGAGGAAGGAAAAACUCAUUCGGGAGGAACUGAGGCGUAUGGAAGAGCGGAUCCGUCAACAGAAGGAAGCAGCAGAUAGAGGGAGACGUGAAGAUGCAAGGCGCAAAAGGCACGAAGAACAGAGGUAUCACGAACGGCCUAGGAGCGAUAAAACUUUGCUAGACAGUUGGAGGAGAUACGAGGACCAGUGGAAGACUAUUACCUCGGCCUCAGAACAUCUUACCUUCGCAAACAUUCCGUGGCCGCUGGCGUCCAAACCGAGGAGCCCAGAGCAGAUCACCCUAUCUGCCAUAGCCGGAUUCCUGCUUUCUUCGGCUCAUUCGCACAAUCUGUCGCGAAAAGACCGUAUCCGUAAUGCACAGCUCAGGUGGCACCCGGACAGGUUCCAGCGUAUGAUGUCAAGGGUGAAUGAAGGCGACAAAGCACUGGUUGCAGAAGGAGUUGGAAUAGUUGCAAGGUCUUUGAACGAGCUCAUGAGUCGAGAAAAGCAACGCUAA